ACAUAAAACAACGGUGGCCAUUUAAACGCAGCGGUCGCGUGCAAAUCUCGCAGCGGCGUUCGCUUUCCUCUUCUUCCCCGUUUCUUCGUCCGAUCGCGCACGCACCAGAGAGAGAAAGGGGGGAGGGAACGAAAGAGGAAGAGUAGGCGUAGAACGCAGGUCAUCGUUCAUGGCGUCGAGGCGGAUCAUCAAGGAGCUGAAGGAUCUGCAGAAGGAUCCCCCGACCUCUUGCAGCGCAGGCCCGGUGGGUGAAGAUAUGUUCCAUUGGCAAGCAACUAUAAUGGGUCCACCAGACAGUCCAUAUGCAGGGGGAGUUUUUCUUGUCACCAUCCACUUCCCUCCAGAUUAUCCAUUUAAGCCACCUAAGGUUGCUUUCAGGACAAAGGUUUUUCAUCCAAACAUUAAUAGCAAUGGAAGCAUUUGCUUGGACAUCUUAAAGGAGCAAUGGAGUCCCGCAUUAACUAUUUCCAAGGUGACUGCUGCAUCGAGUAGAUACCAUAUCCUCAUGAAAUUUUUUGACUUCUUUAUGCCAAAAAAUUAUAGAGCUUCUCCGGUGCUGCUGUCAAUCUGCUCCCUCUUAACUGAUCCAAACCCUGACGAUCCGUUGGUCCCAGAGAUCGCCCAUAUGUACAAGACAGAUAGGACGAAAUAUGAGACUACGGCAAGGAGCUGGACUCAGAGGUAUGCUAUGGGCUAAAAACUAUGGCUGGAGGAAGAGCGUCGGAGGCUUUUCACUUGUUCGUGGCUGUGUUACCUAUCCGUUUGUAAGACUUGAUAAUUUGUAUGAUCGAAGUAAGCUACAUCUGUCUCGUUUAGACAACUAAAAGACCAGCAAGGAAAGCCUCAACAAUCUCGUCCGAGAACAUUGUUGUCUUGAUUGUUCUUCGUAAUUUAUAUUCGAAUCUUAGCAACA